CCAAUUUGGUUUCGUCUUCCGCUAUAGAAAAUAAAAAGCGAUCCACACACAUCCAAUCCUCCCAUGUUAAGAUGGAAGUGGAAGGUAGGAUCGAGGAGCAAGAUAUUCUGAUAGUUGGAGGCGGCAUUGCUGGGCUUACUACAGCUCUUGGCCUGCACAGGUUGGGCAUCCGGAGUCUGGUUUUGGAGUCGUCUGAUGAAUUAAGAUCCACGGGCUUCGCCCUCACCAUGUGGACGAAUGCGUGGAUAGCUCUAGAUGCUCUUGGAAUCGGGGACGCCAUGAGGGCCAAAUCUCUCCCAAUUCAAGGUUUUCAAGUCGGUUGCUUGGAUUCCAGCUCUUCCCACACAGAUUUCAAGCUUGGCCAGUUUGAGAGCAGAUGUGUGAAAAGAACAGAUUUACUGGAACUUCUAGAGAGAGAAUUGCCACGGGAGAGUGUGAGAUAUUCUUCCAAGAUUGUUAACAUUCAGGAAUCUGGUAACUUCAAACUAGUUCAUCUUGCACAUGGCUCUGUUUACCGAGCUAAGGCAUUGCUGGGAUGUGAUGGAGUGAAUUCAAUGGUGGCAAAAUGGAUGGGGCUCAAGAGUCCAAUCAGCGCUGGGCGAGCAGCCAUCAGAGGCUACGUGGUGUAUCCAGAAGGCCAUGGCUUCGAGCCGAAGCUCUAUGCCUACUUUGGUGGAGGCGUGCGCCUUGGUUUUGCACCUUGUGAUGACAAGGGCGUAUACUGGUUCUGCACUUUCACUCCAUCACUAUUCAAAUAUGAUGAGAGCGAGCGUGAUCCCGUGAAAAUGAAGCAGUUUGUGAUGAGUAAAAUCAGCACUGCACACAACCAUGUGUUGGAUGUAGUAGAGAGGACGGAGCUAGAUAGCGUCUCAUUGGCGCAUCUAAAGUUUAGAUCGCCAUGGGACAUUUUGUUUGGAAACAUUGUGAAGAAGGGUGUGUGUGUGCUCGGGGAUGCCUUGCAUCCGAUGACUCCGGACUUAGGUCAAGGAGCAUGUUCUGCUAUAGAGGAUUCCGUGGUUCUUGCAAGGUGUCUGGGCGAAGCUCUAUCUGAAGUGGGUGACGAGGAGGACUACGUGAAAAUGGAGAAAGGGUUGGACUGGUUCGGGAGAGAGAGGAGAUGGAGAAGCUUUAGUCUUGUCAGUACAGCAUAUGUUGUUGGUAUCUUGCAAGAGACUGAUAACAGAUUUGUGUCCUUUUUCAGGAAGAUGUUUUUGUCCAAGUUUACUGUUGAGCCUUUUGUUAGAAUGGCUGAUUUUGAUUGUGGAAACUUACAUCUUACUUCUACUUAGAUUUUCGCCCAUAUUGCCAUUUUUUCUUUGGCUGUGUGCAUGGGACAUUAUAAUUAAUUAAAUAAAGUGAACAUCUAUGCCAACGCGUUUGAUAUAGAUGUCUUAUUUA